UUCGGUGCGGCCAACGGUGUCCUGCGUGUCGAUGCUGGUCGACGCUGUUCCACUGGGGAUGGGCGAUUUUUUUUCCGAUGCAGUCCACCCAACGGACAACCGGUGGACAUGCUCGUUACGCAGAUACGUCAACUUGCACUGGAAGCCAAGCAACGACUGAAACGAACUCAACUGGCCUCGAGCAAUUUGGAACUGUCACAGUCUCGGAACACAUUGACGCACACCCCAGACACCCCGACCGGGGAAGUAGGAAACACGGACACGGAAAAAGAGUUCCAAUCCGCUGGCACACUUCCUCGAGCCCGUUCAAAACGCACCAAACCGGCGCUACAUCCACCAAUUGACCGUUCGACCAAAGUGAAUGGAUUUGGUGAACUAUCCGCACCGAAAGCCACUCCAGAACCUUCCGAUGAUCCGGAUGCACCGAAAUCCGAUCCUUGUCCGGAUGAAUGCGAGGUUGUCCGAGCCACACCAGUGAAAGCGACCAAGUCACCUGCUGACUCGCCCACGAGUCCAGCAAAUCUGUAUGACAACCUGCCACGGCCACCUCGAAAAGCGGCCCGUCUCCCCGGUGCAGUAAACGUACUCCCACUGCCAGUUCGAGCCAAAGCCAAAGAAUCCAACGGUUUGACACGGGAUCAUAGUCAUGAACCCCGUUCGGCUCGCAGUCCACGACCGAAUGAGGUUACUACGUCCUCGAAUGAAAGCGAAGCACCGCCAAUAGUCACUCGACCCGCGUCUGUACCGCGUAUACAAUCAUCCAAUCAGGUGAACCAAAAACAACCCAGUUCGACCAUUCUGGUUGGAAACUAUGCCAUCACACCGCACAUCGAUGAUGACACACCACCACCGGGACCGGCCCCUCCUCCCCCUUCGGGUGUGGGGACUAAUUCCAUUGUGGCAUCUGCUCCUGUAACUAAUGGAUCGUCACAAGACAACAACAAUGCGAGGACACAAACAAACGUCUCAACCAACAAACCGAAACAGUUGGGUUCCGUCGAACCGGCCAGAACAUCACUGUGGAAAACCACCCCGUCCCCCACACCACCAACUGGAACACGGCUUUCGCAAUCCGAGGUACAUGGCAGUUCUGUGGCCAAGCCUACCGGGGCGAGCUCCAGUACCGGUAUGGCCACAGUAACGAACAAUACAACUGGCGUGACCCAGAACGGUCCGACUGUGACCGGUGCACAGACGAACAACAACAUCAGUCCAACAGUAGUCAUGCGGGUGCCGCCAUUCACUGCACCCAAACCGGCAACCGUUUCCACUCCGCACAGUAUUAGCACCCCAGUUACACACAUCAAAAUCGGAUGUCAGCAUUCGGCAACCUCAACUGUCAGUGAGUGCCUCGAAAUCAGUUCCACGUUUCACUAUGAUGAUGCUCUGAAUGUGUCACAGAUGGUGAAACAGUUGCCACGUGCCUGA